AUGGCUCCUUGGUGGCCACCCCUAGGUGGGCUGCUCUACCCCUUCGGGCCGGCGGUUGGGGACGAGGCCACCCCCCGGGAAGACGAUGGGAUGAGCCCUGAGAUCCAGCUCUGGCAGCCCUUCUCCUUCUACGGACGCUCCCACCGCUCGCUCUAUGUGAACAACAACGGAGUCGUGUCCUUCGGGACCGGAGUCCCAGAAUUCACUCCGGAGCCCUUCCCGCUACCAGGCACCGCCCCUUUUGUGGCUCCAUAUUGGGCCGACGUGGACACCAGACUGGGAGGAGAUGUCUUCUACCGGCAAAGCCAGGAGCCAGAGCUGCUGCCCCGCUUGACUCGUGACCUCACCCCAGCCGUGACCUCCUCUGACCCCACCCCCAAGCCCACCUGGGCUUUCGUGGCCACCUGGUACCGUGUCUCCUUCUUCGGAGCUGCCUCCAAGAAGGUGAACACCUUCCAGGCUGUGUUGGCCACUGAUGGGGCCACAUCCUUCGUCAUGCUGAACUACGGGGACCUCCAGUGGACCACGGGACUGGCCAACGACGGCAACGCCUACAGUGGCCUGGGGGGCACGCCAGCACAGGGGCCGCUAUAA